GGGAGUGCACAGCUUGGUGGUGGGUCGGGGGUGGAUAUGCCCCAGCAUAUUGUAUAGUAACAGCCCACUCUCACAGACAGAGAAUAAGGUGAGCAGACAUUGCCUUCACUAUUGAUUAUUACCCAGUAUGGAAGAUUUAGCUGCAUGUACAGGGGUAAAUGGAAAGUCCAAAACAGAUGAAUCAGCUUCUCCUGCUGCUCACGGUGUCGACUCGUACUGCGGAUCCUGCCUGAGAAGCAUCACGCGCUGGAUACCUGUGGACUUCAAGAAUGAAAUUGUUCACUUUUUAAAACUGGCAGGGCCUGUGGUUAUUUCACAGAUGAUGAGUUUCCUGAUCGGCUUCGUCAGCAUGGUGUUCUGCGGACACCUGGGGAAAACAGAGCUGGCGGGGGUGGCGUUAGCGAUAGCCGUAAUAAAUGUCACAGGUAUUUCCAUUGGCUGUGGUUUGGCUUCAGCAUGUGAUACUCUCAUAUCUCAGACCUAUGGGAGCGGUAACCUGAAGCGCGUAGGAGUGAUACUCCAGAGGGGAGUUCUGAUUCUGCUCCUAGCCUGUUUCCCCUGCUGGGCCGUACUCAUUAACACUCAGCCCAUUCUCUUGGCUGUCAGGCAGAGCACAGAGGUCGCCAGACUCUCCCAGCUGUAUGUUAAGAUCUUUAUGCCAGCUCUGCCUGCUGCCUUCAUGUACCAGCUGCAGCUGAGGUAUCUGCUGAAUCAGGGCAUCAUGUGGCCCCAGGUGAUUUCCGGAGCCAUGGGGAACAUUUUAAAUGUAAUAAUCAACUACAUCUUCCUCAACCGUCUGGAUCUGGGGAUCACUGGAUCUGCAGCUGCCAAUGCCAUCUCUCAGUAUUCCUUGGCUGUGUUCUUGUUUGUUUACAUCUGCUUCAGGGGGCUGCACAAAGCUACAUGGGACGGCUGGUCAGCAGAGUGCCUGCAGGAGUGGGGUCCUUUCCUCCGCCUGGCCAUCCCCAGCAUGCUGAUGCUCUGUCUGGAGUGGUGGCUGUACGAGAUCGCAGGGUUCCUGGCGGGCAUCAUCAGUGAGGUCGAGUUGGGAGCUCAGUCUAUCGUUUAUCAACUGGCUUCUAUCGCUUACAUGUUUCCGAUGGGUAUCUCCGUGGCUGCCAGUAUUCGUGUUGGAAAUGCUCUCGGUGCCGGGAACACAGAGCAAGCCAAGCUGUCCAGCAAGGUCUCCUUCAUCUGUGCAUGUUGUGUCUCAUGUCUCAUCGGAGUAGUUCUUAUUGUGUUCAAGGAUUUGGUUGGUUACAUUUUCACCACAGAGAAAGACAUUAUUCAGAGGGUGUCAGAUGUCAUGAAGAUGUACGGCGUAAUCCAUGUCGCUGAAGCCAUUGCGGUUAGAAACUUUUGCCACAUAAAUCACAUUAUUUCUCUGCAGAGCGAACGGAACCAAACUUUUUUUUUUUUUUUUUUUACAUUUCUCUUUAUCUCAUCUCCACAGGGUGUGACCGGAGGUAUUGUCAGGGGGACAGGGAAACAAAUGAUUGGUGCUGUGUGCAACUUGGUGGGUUUCUACUUGAUUGGGCUCCCCAUUGGAGUGUCUCUGAUGUUUCCUGUUCAAAUGGGCAUUGUAGGGCUGUGGUCUGGGUUAUUAAUUUCCGUUUUGAUACAGUCUGUUUUUUUUAUUGUUUUCCUGUGUAAACUAAACUGGACAAAGGUCACAGAAGAGGCGCUGAUAAGAGCUGGAGUCCACAUUACAGAGAGGAACAAGAUCUUCGGGAUAGAAAACAAAGCCCCGGACUCUGGUGAGAAACAGGGCCACGUACGAUCCAGUUCUUUGAGUGGUGUGGAGGGGAAGCUGGAAGGUCAGCAGACUUCAGAUGACGUGGUUCUGUCAGUCAGGCAGCUGGUGGUGCGACGUGGCCUCGCUGUGCUGCUCAUGUUCAUCAUCCUCGCCGCUGGAGUCUUCAUCAGCGAGCUCCUCAUCAGACUGCUAGAGUUAGACGGGUGACCAUCAUCAGACCUCCUGUCUGCAGCAUGAAACAAGCUCUGUGAGUGUGCCUCCAAAGGUACAGAUGCAUCUUCAUUUGUAGUAGAAAAGCAUGUCAAUCAGAGGAAACACUCAAACCUACAUUCAACUACAAAAUGAUACAUUCAACAAUGUCUCUACAAGAUGAUGUGAUUAUGAUGAGAAGGUCAAAUCAGCCUUCAUUUCAGCAUCAUGAGCAAUUUGUAGUGACACAUCUCCACUUUUAUAAAACGUAUGUCCAUCUAUUAUGCACUAAUGAUCAGCAAAUAGCUGCAUCACAAUAAUAAAUGUUACACAAGUCAAAUUGUUUCAUAACUGCAUUAAAUAAGGUGAAUUAUUGCACCAUUUAGAGAA